AUGCUUCUAAGGCGCCGAUUCUCUGCCCAGCGACAAGCGAAUGUAUCAACAUCAUCAAGUGGUACCACUGGUACAGGUUGCCUGAAUACUGCAUGUUCUUCCACCGAUAGCAGUAUGGAUGCAUCACAUGUGAGCACAGUAGUCGUUGGAAUGGAUUCCAGAAGGUCACCUUUGCCUCGAUUUGCCAUCUCUUGUGAUCCAGACGAGCAUCAUCAUACGUCAACUGAAUCGAGAGCCAGCAAAGAGCUUUCUCCAGUCGAUGAGGCAGUUCGGUUUAGG